ACCCCAACCACAGGUAGAAUUUUACAGAAACUUGAAUGACACCCGAUGACACCAGAAAGAAAGAGUGGACUCUCCGCCGGCGAUCCCAUUACUCUCUCUCUCUCUUUAGAUUCUCUCUCUAAAACUCCGGAAGGAAGCUUCUCAUACUCCGAACGACUAGCUAUAUUUAUAAUGUUUAUAUAGCUAAAACAGCUGUAUUGUAGUAUAUAUAUAUAUAUGAAUAUAUAGAGUGUGUGUUCUAAGCACGAAAAAGGGUAUUCAAAGCGAACCAAAUCCUCACAUCGUAGCUUCUAAUAUUCUCAAUCAAUCGUCUCGAUCUUCCGAUCAAAUCUAACUGCAGUCACUGGAGACGUAAUCGCCACAAAGUGCCUAAUUGCGUGACAGUAUGGGUUGUACGGGAUCUUCACUUGCCAAAGGAGAUGAAAAUUCUAAGAAAUUACGAAAACCAAAGCAUUGGAAGCAUUCUGAACCAAUAACAAGGACACAACUCAGACAGAUGCGCGAUGAGUUCUGGGACACUGCUCCACACUAUGGUGGCCAAAAAGAAAUUUGGGAUGCACUCCGAGCUGCUGUUGAGGCUGAUUUAACCCUUGCACAAGCAAUUGUGGAGAGUGCUGGCAUAAUUGUUCAAAUUCCUGACAUGACGAUUUGCUACGAUGAGAGAGGUGCAAAAUAUGAGUUACCCAAGUACGUCUUGAGCGAGCCGACUAAUUUGAUCCAUGACAGUUGACAAUGAAAAGAUGGCAGUAGACAGUGCUUUAUUGAGACUGUAAAUCAUGUAAAUUUGCUUCACUGUCCUUUUCUCCAAAAUGCAACUAGUCGUUCUGCUUGAUACUCAUCUUUUGUUUAUUCAUUUCCAAAUGUUCAUGCCAGGUUUUUGUAAUUUAAUAAAGAACUGCUACUUCUUAUCUGGUGGAUAUUUGGGAUAUCAUCCAACUGGAAUUUGUAGCAUAAUGUUUCUUGUCAAUGAAUAUACUGUAGUUGUGUAUUCCAAUAGUAGUGCUUUAUUCAUUUGUGCCAAAGGAACAAGUCAAACAUUCUUAAUAUUAUUUGCGCAUUUCGGUUUA